AUGAAUCAAUAUUACGCUGAGUCAAAGUCUCCAAAGGUAUUGGAGACAUUGCUCGAGGAAGAAGUUAUAUCCAAGGCUCAGAUUAAAUUAAAGUGCUUUAAGGAUGAGUUUGGGGAUGACGUUCAUUCCUUCGAGAUAGACCCUUCUCAGGUGGAAAAUGUGAAACAUUGUUUGCUAAAUAAACUGAACUAUCCUAUGCUUGAGGAAUACGACUUUUCAAUGAAUUUUGUAAACCCAGAAUUGACUAUACAAAUGAAACCGCAAGCACGACAACGACCAUAUCAAAAAGAAUGUGAAAGUAAGAUAUUUAUAAAUGGUCGAGCCAGGUCCGGUCUUAUUGUGUUACCAUUUCAUGCUGGGAAAUCUUUCAUUGGUGUAUCCACUGCUUGCAAGAUACAAAAAUGUUGUCUGUGUUUAGUUUCAAAUGUGGCUUCUGUGGAUCAAUGGGCUUCACAAUUUCGUCUUUGGUCAAAUAUAGAAGACGAGAAGAUAAGCCUCAUCAAAUCUGAUACUAAGCAAAAUUUUCGUGGCUUGGCCGGUGUUGUUAUUACCACUUAUGAAAUGAUAGCUACUUUUGGUGGAGAGACAACAUAUAAGGAUUAUGAAAAAAUUAUUGGAGAAGUACUAAACAAUGAAUGGGGACUGUUAUUGUUAGAUGAGGUGGAUGAUGUUCCAGAACAAGUGUUUCGUAAAGUAAUUAGCAUCACCAAAUCUCAUUGCAAACUUGGACUUACUGCAACACUUGUGAGAAAAGAUGAAAAAAUUAUGGACUUGAAAUUUCUUAUUGGACCCAAGCUGUAUGAGGCAAACAGGUUGGAUUUGGUAAAGGAAGGAUUUAUUCCUGAUGUCCUGUGUUUUGAAGUCCAGUGUCCUAUGACCGAGGAGUUUUCUUCAGAAUAUUUCGAGACAGAGAAUUUGAAGAGAAAACAAGCACUAUCUGUAUUGAAUCCGAAUAAGUUCAGAUCUUGUGAAUUUCUUAUUCGCGCUCAUGAGCAGGAGGGUCAUAAAAUUAUUGUUUUUGGUGAUAAUCUGUUUGCACUGACUGCGUAUGCAAACAAACUCCAAAAGCCCAUGAUCUGUGAUGCAACCAGCCAUGACGAGAAAACUAGUAUUCUUGAAGAUUUCAAGAGCGGUUUUGUUUAUAACACAAUCUUCCUGUCUAAGGUUGGUUAUAACUCAAUUGAUAUUUUAGAAGCCAAUGUGAUAAUACAGAUUUCGUCCCAUACUGGUUCACCACAUCAGGAAGCUCGACGUUUGGGUCACAUUCUUAGGGCUGUGGAAAUUGAGCUACCGGAAGAAAAAGACUAUCCUGCCUUCUAUACCAUUGUUUCCAUGGAAACUCAGGAAGUGGCUGAUUCUAUUGUAAGGAAGCAAUUCUUUGUUGAUCAAGGGUAUACAUUUGAGGAAAUCAAUAUUUUAUCUUUUAUAGAUUCAAACAUUGGCCUAAGCUAUGAUGAGCAAAUCGAACUUCUGAACCAGGUGCUAUAUGCCGAGGAUGACAUGGUGAUUUUGGAGUAGUAGGGUUAAUUCGAUCCUGCCUGUACAGGCACUGCCCCAACCUCUCACAUUGGGAUGGUGGGACCCACAUUUAAGUAGUGGGUUCCACCACCUCAUUGUGAGAGGUUGGGGCAGUACCUGUACAGGUAGGGUGAAAUUUACCGAGCAGUAGGAUAGUGAUAUGAAUUGACGCAUUAAAAUUCCAGGAAAUUGUUCUCAGAAUCAGAGACUGUUUACUUAUAAACAAUUAUACAACUUUUGCAAAUGUUCAUGAAAUUUGGAUUUCGUUAAUUUUUGCAUAGUGGAUUAAAUACUUUAUUUUCA